AUGAAGGUGGGCGACCGCGUGCGCAUCACGGCGGGGCAGCACGCAGGGCGAGCUGGCAGCUUCGUCGGGGCAGCCGAAGGAGAUGUUCGCACGCGGCUUGCUUUCUUCGACCUCGCGCAGGUGGUCCAGCGGCAGGUCGGCGCGCCCUUGCGCCUCAGCGACUCAUCAUUCGGGCUCCUGCGGGCCAUGGGCACUGUCGAGGCAGCCCGCGCGGUCACGCAACUGUUCGCGUUCCACAUGCAGGGCUCGGCCGCAGACCUUUUGAGAAAGAGUGUCGCCACUGCCAAGGGGUUGCUUUGA